UGCUUGCAAAAUCCAUUUUCGAAUUCGACAUAGUGCGCCUUCUCAAGAAUCUUUUAUCUCAAUUCACGUUCAGUCAAGGUUGGAAGCUCGUCGCGAGCGUUGCUAAAGUAAAAGUGCGCGUAGCUUGUCCCCAUCGAUAAUGGAGUAGGUGGACUACGGUUGAGGUGUGUAGAAUUGUGUACUCUAGAAAAGUGCAAGGAGUGUAGAUUUUUUUUUCUGAAGAUAGUGAUGCUGUGAUAUGAGCAGUAGUGAUUGAAGAAAAUUUUCCUAGCGAAAAGUUAAACAGCUGGCACACAGGAAGAAGUCUAGAAUGUUCGGUUUUUGUUGAACCGGAAGUCCCCGGGACAAGCUACGCGUACUAUUACUGGCCCAUCCUUGUCAAACGUUGGAUGCUGGAUGGCCAGUUGAAAACACCGAUGGUUGGUGCUUCCAAUCAUCGGAAAAUUCUGGCAUGUGUGUUGCCAAAGUUGUGUGGAGGAUUUUUUCCAUCUUGGAAAACACCACCCUCUCUCUGCAUUGGGAAGGUGCGUCAUUUGCGUGUAUUUAGUGUGCGAAAACACUAAUACCGCUGCAAACAAAGGCAACAACAUUAUUUAACCGUGUCGUCGGCGCGUGAUGUGAGCUAGGGCUGGCCAAAAGCGUCCGGAACGGAAAUGGCAACGACGACGAACGAAAUCAUCGUGCUGAACGAGGGCUAUUCCUAUAUGGAAAAGGAUGACGAUUCGGUGAUGGUAGCAAAUUGCACAUGCACCUUAAUCAAAAGCCACGAUUGCAACAUCAUAGUCGACACUAUGACCCCUUGGGAUGGCGAUCUACUUUUGCAAAGGUUGCAGGAGAGCUGUCUAAGUACCGACGACAUCGAUUGGGUUGUGAGCACUCAUGGACAUUCCGACCAUCUGGGGAAUAAUAAUCUGUUCUUAAAGGCCAAACACAUCGUAGGAACCAACAUAUCCCAGCGGAAUCGUUACUUCAUCCAUGACUUUAGCAUUGGUGAGUCCAGUCUUCUUCUGAAAAUUAGUACUGAUUACACCUUGGUUGUCCUCCAUACCGUCUGUCGGACACCAUCGAAAUCGUCGAAACACCCGGUCACACAUUGUCCUGUGUGUCGGUGCUAGUCCGAUCCAGUCAGCUGGGCCCAACCGGCCUAGUGGCCAUCGUGGGAGAUCUGUUCGAACGCCGGCAGGAUAUUGACGAUGAACGGCUCUGGCUGGACGCCGGCAGUGAGAAUCCCACGGUGCAGCGACAGAAUCGAGCCAAAAUUGCGGCGAUAUCCGAUUUGAUUAUUCCCGGACACGGUGCACCAUUUCCGGUUGACCAGCAGCUGAAAAAUUGCUUGAUGACUCAACUCCAGGAGCAGUCGCACAUAUCAGUGCCGCAAUCGUCAGAUUGAAAGGCCACGGGUACGGUGCACGGAAAGGAAAAAAGUGGCUAGCUCUUGACAGAGUCGACGGCCGGUUCGUUAUUAAAAUAUUAAAUUCAACAAAAAAUCAUCACUAAUUGCUUGAAAAUAGUUACAGUUUAGAUUUCUUAUCUGCUUGUGUUUGUUUAUGAAAAAUACAGUUAUCAAAAAUGAAUACUACCGUUCUAACAUAGCAUAUGCGUUAUUAUAAUUAUAGUUCAAAUCAUAAAGCGUAGUGGAAAUGGUAAAUUCAAAUAAUAGCUUGUUUGGAAAGAGGUAAAAGAAAAUGAAAUGGAAUGUCAAAAAAUGUUCGAAAAACUGAAUCGGAUUGGAAAUGAAAAGAGAAAAAAAAAGUUGAUAGGUUUUGCUAAACAUAUUUUAUCAAAAUAAAAUGGGUUUUGUUUAACAGUUCAUAUCUAAUGCUAUCAGCCUAAAAAUAUCUUUGCUGAAUUGCGAAUCCUAGCAAAGUCAUAUACUAUGGAAAAGAAAAUAUUAAACGUGCACGAUAUUAAUAUGCAAUUUAUGAUCAUACAUGUAUGUUAGUGGAAUUAGAGUUUCAAGUUUCUUAACAAUUAUGUAUUCGUGACAUGCUAACAAAAACACGUAUUGUAUUACUGACAAGAAAAAAGUAGUAGUUUUAAAUGUUCAAUCUUUGUUCGAAAAAAAAAAAACAAAUAGUUCUACUUUCGCAGUUGAACGGUACCAAUUUCCAAAAAGGUUGUGCUGAAAUUAGAACAAAAAAAAACACUAAUCGAAAAAAAAAACAAAAAGUUUUUUGGUGCCGCAUGACUCUUUAGGAGUCAGGUUGGACCACGCUUCAAAAAAAAAAAAUCAAGAAUGCCAAUAAAAAUACACAUAUAAAAAAUAUGCAUGCAAAUUUCUAAUUGUUUAUUCGUUUAGACAGCAUAGGAAAUCAGAACAUACAAUACAUUGUUUUAACAUGGUGUGUGCUCAGCGCGACGAAUUUCAUCUCUUUGCGCUGAGCACAAGAAAGUAUUUACACCAGCUUUCACACUAUUUGGAUCUAAUUCGAUUUAAAACCAGAAAAUAAUAUCGGAAAUGUAGGCAACAUCUGGAAAAGAGUAUGAAAUGUCACUUAUAUAAACAAUACAUACAAAGACAUGUUAAUGAAACACGUGUUUUGAAUUACAAACAUAUUGAAACCUAAAUGAUCAUGAUCGAACAUACGCAUCAUAAAAAUUCAUCCAAAUAAAAAAAAAUCUUCAUCACUAUUAAACUCAUCAAACCUAGCAUUAAAAUAAUAUCAUUCAUAACUGAAAAAAACAUAGGCAGAAGCCCGAUCUGGUAGAGUCUCUACCAGAUCGGGGGAAUUUUACGUGGAAGAAUUCGAGUUAGUUAAGAGGUAUGGCUAAAGCCAGCAUUAUUAGCAGCAUGCAGCUGUAUCUUUUACUAGCAAAAUAUUGCAUUGUGUAAAUACAAAAUAUAAAUAAUUAAAUUCAUAAAUAUAGUACCCUAGUAUAAGUUUACAGAUAAGAGCAGCAAAAUUAUAAUUAACAUAAGAACCGAGCAGCAUAUUUAUUACGAAAAUUAAGUUCAUAUUAAGCAAAAUAUGAACAAAACAAAAUAAAACAAGACAUGUCUUGUUGAAGGAAUAACAAUGUUAUUGAUUAAAUAUUUAAUAAAACAUACAUAUAUAACUAACCCAGUUGAAAUAUUCAUAUGCUUUACAUAGAUUAAGCAGCAGCAUAAUUACCUAUAACUAUAAACUAUCUGUAUAAAGAAUUAUAUAACCUAUCUUAUUGCGCAUAAUGCAAUCUAAUCCAAUAUAAUCUAUGAACUAUGUAUUAUAAUCACUUGAUUGUAUCAAUGAAAUAAAAAAAUACACUGAAUACAAGCAAGAGAACUGCGAUGGCAAACAUAUAAUAAAAAAAUGUAACCAAAAGCAAAUGAGCGUAACUCCUAUAAACACCAUUUCUUUGAUAUAAGAAUGGUGAAGGUGCACUAAUCCUCUUACUGGUCCUAGAGAAGAGGUGCAUAAUUACUAAACAACUGAAGAAGAAGAAAAAAUACAGAAGAAAUAACUGAAAACUGAUUUACUGGGAACUCGAAAACCGUUUAAAACUCAAACAAAAGAACCACUGUAUGAAUAAAGCAAAAAUGUGAGGCAAACAAAAUCCUAGCCCACAGAAAAAAAAAACAACAACCAAAAAAAAAAACAAAA